AUGCUUCACAUUUCACUUCCGAGUGAUGAUCUGCCUGUUGAGGAGCGUCUUACCGGACUUUUUCUCCUAAUUAAUGAUGAGAAGGAGUUUAAAGGAGGGGAGGAUUGUGCUGUCAAGAGAGUCUACAGCUGCCCUCAGUGCAGACAGACCUUCAGUCCAAGACCUGCUUUAGCUAGAAACACCAUGCUGGCUGAAGUGGUGGAGAAACUGAAGACCGAACUAAAAGCUGCUGUUCCUGCUCCACCUGGAGACGUGGAGUGUGACAUCUGUACUGGGAGAAAACACAAAGCCGUCAAGUCCUGUCUGGUGUGUCUGGAGUCUUACUGUCAAACUCACUUUGAGCUUCAUCAGAAGUUUCGCUCAGGAAAGAGACACAAAGUGACUGAUGCCACUGGACGACUGCAGCAGAUGAUCUGCCAUCAACAUGAGAAGCUUCUGGAGGUUUUCUGUCGUACUGACCAGCAAUGUGUUCGUGUACUUUGUAUGACAGAUGAACAUAAAAACCAUGAGACUGUAUCAACUGCAGCAGAGAGGACAGAGAAAGAGAAACACUUGAAGGAGACACAGGGAAAACUCCAGCAGAGAAUCCAGCAGAGACAGAAAGAUCUCGAGCAGCUGAGACAGGCUGUGGAGUCUCAUAAGCGCUCUGCACAGACAGCAGUGGAGGACAGUGAGAGGAUCUUUACUGAGCUCAUCCGCUCCAUUGAGAGAAGCCGCUCUGAGGUGACGCAGCGGAUCAGAGAUCAGGAAAAGACUGCAGUGAGUCGAGCUGAAGGACAAAUGGAGCGACUGGAGCAAGAGAUUGAAGAUCUGAGGAAGAGAAACUCUGUGCUGGAGCAGCUCUCACUCACAGACGAUCACAUACAUUUCCUGCAGGUAAAGGAGUUCUAG